AUAUAUAUGAAAAUACAAUGAAUACAUUGAGUUCCAACCCUCCUGAAAGUGAUUCAACAAGAAUCAUGAAGCCUCUUGAUUUAGAAGAAUUCAAAAGACAAGGCUACAUGAUGAUUGAUUUCCUUGCAGAUUACUACAAAAACAUUGAAAAUUUGAAUGUUUUAAGUAAUGUAGAACCUGGUUAUCUUAAAAAAAGAUUGCCAUCUUCAGCUCCAUUUCAACCCGAAUCGAUUGAAUCGAUACUCGAAGAUGUUAAAAAACAUAUAAUUCCUGGUAUCACACAUUGGAUGAGUCCUAACUAUUAUGCAUACUUUCCUAGUAGUGGUAGCAUAGCAGGGUUUAUAGGAGAAAUGUUAAGCACUGGAUUCAAUGUUGUUGGAUUCAAUUGGUUGUCAUCACCAGCUGCAACUGAGCUUGAAACUAUUGUUAUGGAUUGGCUUGGAAAAAUGUUAAAGUUACCAAAAAGUUUCAUUUUUUCAUCUUGUAAUGAAGGUGGUGGUGGUGUUUUGUUAGGGACAACUUGUGAGGCUAUUUUGUGUACCCUUGUGGCUGCAAGAGACAAAAAACUUUCUCAAAUUGGAAAAGAAAAUAUUGGAAAACUUGUUGUGUAUUGUUCUGACCAAACACAUAGUGCACUUCAAAAAGCAACUCAAAUUGCUGGAAUUGAUUCAAAAAAUUUAAGAGUUAUUAAAACAAAGAAGUCAAAUUUAUAUGCUAUGUCCCCUGCUUCAUUAAUUUCAACAAUUCUUUUAGAUGUGGAAAAUGGUUUGGUUCCUUGUUUCUUAUGUGCUACUAUUGGCACAACUUCAACAAAUGCUACUGAUCCUAUAAGUUUAUUGUGUAAUGUUGCAAAAGAUUAUGAUAUUUGGGUUCAUGUUGAUGCUGCUUAUGCAGGUCCAAUUUGUAUUUGUCCUGAAUUUAGACAUUACAUUGAUGGAAUUGAAGAGGUAAAUUCUUUUAGCUUUAAUGCACAUAAAUGGUUUUUGACUAAUUUAGCAUGUUGUUGUCUUUGGGUUAAAGAUCACAAUUCUUUAACAUCAUCACUUUCAACAUAUCCUGAAUAUUUGAGGAACAAGAAUUCUGAUUCAAAGAUAGUAGUUGAUUACAAAGAUUGGCAAAUACCUCUUAGUAGAAAAUUCAAUGCACUCAAAUUAUGGAUUGUUAUUCGAAGCUACGGUGUCGAAAAUCUCAUGAAUUUUUUAAGAAAUCAUGUGAAAAUGGCAAAAAUAUUUGAAGGACUAGUGAGAAAGGAUGGGAGGUUUGAUAUUUUUGUGCCAACAAAAUUCUCUUUGGUUUGCUUUAGGAUUUCUCCAUUAGCAAUUAUUAAUAGUAAUGGUAAUGAAGGUUGCUAUAAUGGAAAAAUUAUAAAUGAUGAAUAUUUGGUGAAUGAAUUGAAUCAUAAAUUGCUGAAUUCAAUUAAUAGUUCUGGCAAAGUUUACAUGACUCAUGGGAAAGUUGGAGUUUUUUUUAUUAGAUGUGCUAUUGGUUCAACCUUAACAGAGGAACAUCAUGUCACUAUGGCAUGGAAAUUGGUGCAAGAACAUGCAAAUUCUAUAUUAGGAUUUCAAGGUAAAAGGUUGGAGAACAAUGGAGCUUCUAAAACUCAUAGUGGAUGAAGACAGUGUUUAAAAACUUCUCAGUGUUUUCUCAAACUGCUUAUUUUCUCUCUCCGUUACAUCUUCAUCUUAAUUUGGCACAAACAAAUCUUGCAAUCAUGUGGUGAUUUCAUCACAAAAUAAAUGUCAAGAUGGUUUCAUACGAUUAGUCUAAUUAUUUAUUAAUAAUGUCUACCAGCAAAGUGUUAGUGUUAGAUAAUUCUUAUUACCUUCUAAAGGUUAUUUCAAAUGUAAUUUCAAUUUUUACGGUAGACAAAUAUGGAUUUUGUAUUACUUUUAAUAAUAAUAUUUGUUCCAUUUAUCAUAA